AUGGCCAUCGCAUACGAGCCACCAUUUGCCGUUGAAGAUCAAGCAUUGUUUAAUGUUGACGCACUUGUCAACGAUGAUAGUGAACCUGUGCGAGGGCCUCCGCUCACACCAUUGCACGCACAGCUUUAUGAUGAACCUCGACGGGCAACUCCAUCUAUUCCACCUGGGUUUACAGCUCCAGCUGUAACUCGAGCUGUCAUGGAUGAGGCACGUUCUGGCCCAGGGUCCCGGCCUAUGUCUAGAACCACAUCAUCCACUUUCACACCAGCUAUACCCGUCAUACCGAUUGCACCAAAGCCAGCUACCUCGCCUACAAAGACGACGAUGAGUAAACAGAGGAGCAAAGCUGUAGAGUCUGCUAAACCGAUCGUCGUCGAUGCAGAGAAAGCUCAGUCAGACACACUGAACCAGAACGCGACGCCAACAGCAGUAGACACAACGAACAAAAACGUAACGAAAGCUGCUGCUGCGCAGCCCAAAAAGCCUAGCGAGUUCGUCAAGAAGACAGAAGAACUUACGACGGACCCAUCACAACCCAAGCCUGAGGAAAAGAAGCCUGCGCCUGACGCAGUUCUGCCCGUCACGCCCAAGGCUAAGACGACAAGCCGAAGGAAUAAGAGCGUUACCGAACCUACUCCGAAGACAGACGAUGUCAAAAGUACACCUGAACCAGCUUUGACGCCAUCCUUUGCUAUUAAGCGACAACCCCUCAGCAAACUCGAUAUUGCAACUGCAACCAAAACACCACAGGGUCAGCAUGAUCCUGUUUCAAGCUCAUCCAAGAUCGACCCUCCGUCUAAGACUUCGCGCCCCUUGACGGCCAGCUCUGCGACAUCAGUACCACCUAGUCCUGCAACUGCAGCAACAGGAUCGCCUAUGAAACGCUCAGUUGCACCCAGGACAUUGCGUGUUGUGCCAACGCCAAAAGCUGAAGUCCCACCACCUGCACCUAUAGUGACCACACCAUUACCUCAGAUACCCACAGUAGACAAGCUUCGAUCUAGGCAAGCUAGCAUCGCCUCCCUCAAUCCUCCAGGUACGCCAGCAAGUGAGAUGAUUUCAGACACGGCGUCCGUUGCUUCAACUUCGUUCUCCCGAGCCAAUUCUCCGCCUCUGAUUGGUGGCAAGGUUGGUACUGCCCCAGUGAGAAAAAAAACCAAAUCACAGGCGAAGAAGGAAAGACAAGAUCGUAAACGACAUAUUGAAGAAGAGCAAACAACGCUGGAUGACCAAAAAUCCGACAUGGACGUUGUUCAAGCACCUAUCAUUGGACGAAAGAAGAAGGAAAAGAAGCCUUCCAGUGCUCCAGCAAAGUCAAUUGCUGCCGCAUUCCGCAGCCAGCCUGCUUCCCCUAAGCCUGCUACAGUCGAGGAGGAGCAAUCCGACGGGCCGACUCCUGGGUCACGCAAGGCCUCCACUGUGAAAACAUCAGCUAGAAAAUCGCCGGAGCCAGAACCUGAGCAUGUUCAGGAGCAUAACAAGGAGAAGCGUGAGCCAAAUGCUCAAACCAUCAUGGCCGAUCUGCAACGUACCGGCGAGCUUCUUGCGUCUACUCUCGAAUUCUUCAAGCCUCUGUCCUCGUCACUUACUCAUGCAUCACGCAACAUUCAGUCGGCCAAUGCCAUAUCGCCACCGGAUCUGAAGAUUCAUCUUUCUGAAGCUGACCUCAAAGCGCUGGCGAACAAGAAACCUGUUCGUAUCGAGGGUCAAGAUGGAAGACCUGACACACGAACGCUCAUUACGCCUGGUGGCAAGUUUCUGUGGGGAUUGAGUGACGAGCUUGAGGCCAGGGCUCUGGAACUGGAAAAGCGAAUUGAAGAGUCGAAGGGAGCCGCUCGCUUUCAUCCCCGCAAACAAACCUCACAUGCCUUCAACCACAAUGUCCCCGGUCAAGGGCAGUCCAACGAUGUCCUUCCUGCCAUUACUACCGCCCUCAAGGAGGCCGGCCGCAAGCUGAGCACCAGCAGUAGACAGCAGAUGCCGAAGAUGGAUCCCUCGUCUGGUCUGAUUGGCUCAACAGCCCAUCCCCUUCCUCCUGUUCAGGCCCCGGAAGUCUCUGCGCCGCAACAGGCCGCUUCACAACAGCAAACCCCCGCCGAUGCAAGCCAAUAUCUGAACCAAUUCGUGCUGCCCAAGACAGAUAACCCGCCACCAAAUCAGCCCAGGCCUGAAAUGGCCGCCGUUGGAGGACCCCCGGGAGCAGGAACCGCCAACAUCUCCGUUAAUGUCAACAAGUUUGCCAAGGCCGCAAAAGCUGUUGUCGAGGGUGGUGCAGUCGGAAGUACAGAGCUCGACGGCGUGGGAAUGAUGGCAUCAGAUCUCCUCGGUGGCGUCUUUGUCCAAGGUCUUGAAGCACUUGUCGGCGCAGGCCUCGGCCUCUAUCCUGGCAGCCAAGACUUUGGUGUUGAUAGCAACGGCAACGUCAACUUUGGACGAGGUGGAAAUGGACUGGAUGUCCAGGGACUUAUGAGUGCAAUCGAGAGCACAGCUGGAAUGGGCGGAUACGGAGGCAAUGCGAGGAGGGGUCGAGGCAGCGUGCUUAGCAUGGAGGAAGCGGAACAAGCUAUGCUUGCUGCCAAGAAGGAACACGAUGUUUUAGAGAAGAAGCUAGCUGCACUGAUGAAGAAGAACAGAAAGUUGGCGUUGGGGACUAAAUAG